ACGUGAUAAGCACUACGCUCACUGAUUGGCCGGCGCUUCAUUCUGGCAUCAUCGUUUGCGAGGUCGGCUGAUAAAGAUGGCGAAUCCCCGAAAAUUUUCGGAAAAAAUUGCUUUACACAAUCAAAAGCAAGCCGAGGAGACGGCUGCUUUUGAAAGGAUUAUGCAAGAAGUUUCUGUUACAAGGCAACCUCAACGUCUCCAUCCCCAUCCACAAGCAUUUCUCAGGCCUUCGUAUCUUGGAGGAUCUUUACCAAAUGUCAAUCAAAUGUCUGGACCACCGAUGGAAAUGCAGAUGCGACAGGGCAUGUAUGAGGAUUUUAAGCCACCUCAUAUGCGCCACCAAGUGCGCUUUGACUCUCGUCCAAGGCCGUAUAGGAGGCCAGAUUUUCAAAACCGACAUCCUCGUCACGUUGAAGGAAUGCCCGGUGGGCCGUAUAGCGGGCCCUAUUUGUCACCUCCUGCCGAUACCAGUUGGAGAAGUUUUGCCCUGUCUAGGACGAACUCGGAUUCAGCGUUACAUCAGAGUGUGAUGAAUCCAAACUCGCAAGCACCUUUCUCCAAUUUCAACAAUGUUCCUGGACAUUUAUCAGCGAUGCCUCAACAACCCAGAAGAGAUUUGAUGGAUACAUCGAUGUCUAAAUCAGUUCUGGAUGCUGAGAAAUUUCAUCAACAUUUACAAGCUCCUAAUGGACCUAAAUCAUGUGAAGAUUCUCAUAUGGGUGUUCUACAAAACACAGCGGAAUGUACAAACCACAGGCAAGGAAUGCCACCAACACCAACCAACCAACCAGGACUAUCACACGUUACUCAGAUCGGAAAUAACACAGGAUCUUUGCCAGAUUUAACAAAUCUCCAUAUUCCAUCUCCUUUGCCAAAUCCAAUUGAUUAUGAUGAACAGCAAAAACAAAUGCCUCAGAAUCAGCAAGGAGGUUCAUUACAAACACCUGCCUCUAUGCUUUAUAACCAAGCAAGAAGUACAGGGAAUAUCAAUUCUGCAUCAAACAUGAAUCCACACAUAGGAGGAGGGUUACCGAGCCCCAACCGUUCACGUAGACAUACGCACAAUGGACCCAGUCCUCUCAGUUUGAGCUCACAAGAACAGAACAGAAGAGUAAAAUUUCAUGGUAUUCCAUCACCAAAAAUUGUUGGGAUUAAGCCAGACUUGAAAAGUCCCCCAAUCGGGGGUCCGUAUUCAUAUGCGUACCCUCUUACUGGACCUGGUGGACCGGGUCCACUGCAUCGUCAAAUGCAGCAACAUCUACAUCAAGCUGUCAAUAGUGCUCAUCCUGUACUCCGUGUCGAUGUAAACGCAGCUUCGAAAGUUGGACAAUAUCCAAACCCACCACAUCCGCAGCAAAUCGGGGGCCACAGGCAUUCUUCCGGGCCAAAUAUGACGAGCCCCAUCACAUCUCCCACUUCACCAACUUCCCACGGGAGCUUAUCACCCAGUGCAUCACCCCAGCAUUUACCUGAACUAACAUCAACUACAAAUCCUGCUUUAUCAGAAGCUUAUUACAGAACAGAUCUCACAAGUAUGCAGCCUUUACAACACCAGUUUGAGCAAUUCCAUGUAGUUGGAAAUGAUAUCGUGUGUUCGUCUGGUCUACAACACACAUCGAUGCCUCCUCCUGUCUACAGCUCGAGUUUGCAUCUUCUUUCAGGGGAUGGUGGUUAUGGAGCACCGCAACAAAGAAGUUCUGAUAGCAGCAUCCACACUUACAAUAAUGGGAGCAAUAAUUUUUUCCAUAAAAACCUCAUAUCACCAACAUCAAAAAUACCAGACAUCGUUUUUACAGGUGUUGAUGAUCCCCAAAAAUCUGGCCUGAGUGGGGAGGUCCCGGGAUACCCAACUUCCGUUGUUAUGUCCGCGUCUGGGAUGGCAGAUUUCGGUAAUGAUUACUUCCCCGGAGAUGACCUGAAGGUGAAUAUAGGCUUUGAAGAAUUACAAAUGCUGGACGCAAAAAUGAUAGAAGAUCCGUUGAUGGAAGAUGACCUUCGUCUCAAUUCAUCUUGAAAAAGUUUGAGAAAAACAAAGGUUAAAGGUCAAAUAUGAACUUGUCCGUGCCGCUGCGAUGUCCAGUCUGGUCCAAUCCGCAGUUCGUCGAAGCGUGGAAGAGACAGAAGGCCUGGCGCAACAUUGAUGACAAUUUUUCUAUUUUUUAACUUUUUUUCCAUGAGUACUCACUCCACUAGUGCCAUGAUGGUAUUCUGGAUUGUUCCGGUUAUGACCAGCUUUAACCAGUCUAGCACGAAGUGGAAUUUUGCCAAUAUGGAGCCAUUUAUAUGAUAUUGAGAAUUCAGAAUGCUGUUGAUUUUCUGUUUGCGGACUUUUGUGUAGAUGACUUGUGGUCAGAGUUGCUUUAUUUUGUACACAAGUAGUAAUAAUUGAUCAUCCUUUAUUCAUUGAAAAUGAUUUGAGACAGAUUUUCUUUAUGAGAGUAUGAAAGACAAUAAUUUUGGUACAAUCUGGCCAUGACCGGUUUAAUCCAGUACGGUUGGUCAAAACCAGAUUUCUCUCAUAUUUUUAGAUUUUAUUUUUUCUAAUUAAUAUUCAUGUUUCUGUCAGUAGUGUAAAAUCAUGCUGUACAAGUGGAAAAGCUGUAUUAACAAAUUUCAACAUAGAUUUUCUGUAUUCCUCCAGUUAUGUUCAACUUGUGUGAAGCGUAACAGAUACAAAUUUAUUUUUCAAGUUUUUUUUUUUUAUACUACUGAGAUCAGGGUUCUCAACCGGGGGUAAAUCUACUACUCAUGGGUAUUUACCACUAGGUGAAUUAUGCAAACGAGAAAGUAUAUGGCCUAAUGUGAGAGGACGUCUGAGAAAAUAUCUAGUGGUCCUCUAACUUUUCGAACCCCCUUUUUAGAAUUUUCUCACACCUCACCUCAAGAAGAACUAGCUAACAAUAAGCUAACAAUAACAGAUAGUAAGGUGAAAGUAUGUUUUAUUCAAAAAACACGUUGAAAAUUUGUGGAAUGGAACGUUAAUAUCCAAAAUAAGGCGGCCAAGAUCAAAUAUUUUUAUUUUUAAUUAGCCUCACGCCCUCUCAAAAAUUGUCUAUGCCGCCCCCUUUUUGUGGGACACGCCCUUCCGUAUGAGAACCACUGAUCUGGCCCCCCGCUAAGAUUAAAUGAUAGACUAAUGGUUGAGAACUCCUGGUUUACAAAACAUCUUUGGGUCCAGUGAAUGGUGAUUUUCACAGGCCAUAUCAUGAAGUUUCUUUUUUAAAAAAAAAUUAUUUUUGAGCUGGUAACCUUGCCGGGUUGUUUCUUGUUCAAAGCAGCUGGACAAACAUGACAUUAAAUUAUGUACACAAUUUAAAGUUUCAACGUUUGAGGUGUCGCACUUUUGUUUAGUGAGGAUGAUUUUAUAAAUAAUACUCGUCAAAUUUUAGUUUCGACACAUUUUUAGCGGACAUAAAUAUGGCUGCUUUUGUUUUUAUGUUUUUGUUUUUUAUUUUGAAACUGCACUCCUGUUUUUGUGCCUCGUAAUUUGAAUGGAACGAGAUGCAAUCUGUUUGGUUCUGUUUUGAAUAGUUUAAAUUCCAGUAUUCCAAUGGGGUUGCCAAUUGAUUGUCUUUUAUCGUGUUUCUUGUUCCAUUCUCUUUUUGUCACAUAUAUCGUUCUUUUUGCAGUAAUAGUUUGUUUUAAGAUUUUAUCGUUACUGCCUCUAGUGGAUUUAUUAAAUUGGUAUUACAUUGAAAAAUAUAGUUUUUGGGACACUUUCAUAAAAAAAAUGAUAGCAUUUUAACGAUUUUUUUGGAUUUUUUGAUUGUUAUCACCCAAAUGCACUCUUGAAUCUUCUUAUUCCGCAUUUUGUAAGGUUGUAUCAGUUUCAAAUUCUUUGAGAUGUUUUUAUUGCCAAUAUAAAGCAUUUAUUCUUUUCUAAGCCAGGGUGAUUCUAUGUCUAUAACAUAGAUAAUCAUAGUAGCACUCUAUACUGUUAAAGUAUGCUUUACAAAAAUAUCAAAUUUGAAUAAAACUUGGAAUUGUGACAUUCAAAGUUACCAUAUUGACAAAAAGGGAGCCGACUUUUAGGUCAUCCACUGGAAUUUUGCGCAUAAAAGUCACUGCCAAAUCCAAAUUUCACUGACUGUCUGCUUUCCUCAAUCAAACAAAUUGGCUCUAUAAAGGGACCUGGAAAGCUAUAAAUAACAGAGGGCCUAUUAUGGGCCCUUGAAAUGUGAAUUUAAAAAAAAUACUAUAGGAACACUAGAAGAAUUGUUCUGGCUUCAUCCUACUUUUUAAUAAGUUUCAUCAGAGUUUUAUUUUUUUUAGGAAGUAAAGUAUUUUGCUGAGAUUAAAUAUAACAUGAUUGUAUUCGUCAUUUUUGUUUAUUUUCUACUAAAAAAUCUGUAAAAAUAUUGUUUUGCUCGUUAGUGAUGUUUUUGUGUCGCUUUUCAUCUAUUUCUUUUUGAAAAAUAAAUGUAAUUUUUAAAUAGUUUUUAUACGAAUAUAUAAUGGUUUAAUUUUGUUAUACCAAUAAUUUUUUCUGAUUUUGCAACAUCUGUAAUGUUAGUUCUGGGACAGAGUGUAAUUCUGGUAGACCUAUUUUUUUAACCAAAAUAAAGCAUUUAUUGAUAGUUUAUAUACAGUUAGAAAAUACUUCAUUCAAUCAUGAAUGUUGGUGGUAACAAUCAAUUUUACAGGUAUUGUUAUGGAACUAUUAUGAUUUCUCUACAAAUAUAUUCCGUUUUUUCUGAAAAUAAAAUGAACGAAGAUUGAUUUCCAAUGGUUAAAUUACAUGGGUUUUCAUUCAUCCUAAAUUAUGUUAUUGAACAACAUUUCGAAGUGAGCUGCUUAAAUAUGACCAUAGUUAGUUGAUGGAAAUUCAGUAAAGUGUGAAAAAAUUUAAAAUAAUGUACUUUUCGCAUGAGUGAUUGAUUGGACUAUGGUUUGCUUAAUCAUCGCUCAAAAUGACAAACCCCAUCCAUCUACGCUUUGCCCUUUGACCCUGCAUGAUGUCAGCAAAUCAAUAAUUUUUUUCUCAAAAAAUCCUUAAUCGAAAAAUGUAUAAUUUUUGUCCGAUAUUUUGGUGAUAUUUCUAUAUGUUCUUGUCUUGAAUAAACUUGUAAAAUACUUUUCUUACAUUUUUCUUUUUCUCCUCAUUUUGCCAUGUUUACAAAAAUAAAAAUGUAAUGUAAACGAA